UGACAGGAGGUGUGUGUGUGUGAGUGUGAGUGUGUGUGUGUGUGUGAAGAUGUUUGCUCUGUGGUCAGUGAAUCUUCUCUUCCUCGUCUCUGCAGAAACCACAAACACACUGGAUCUGAUGUCGGGAAGCAGUGAGUCUGCACCGCUCCGUGUGCAAGUGUGUGUGAAGAGCUCCUGGAGUUUACAGGUGCGAUGGACCGAGCACCAAAAUCACACAAACUCAGCACAAACCUAUCAGGUCCAAAUUGGACAAAGUGAACAUCUUAAUAUCGUCGCUCAGACUAAUGUGAGCAAGGAGGCUGGAGUUCGGUUCGUCUCGUGGGUUUGGACCUCAGCGCUGCCGCUCCAGUGUGCCGAUCACUCCGUACGGAUCAGACGCGUUCCCGGAUCCGGGGAUCGUACGGUUUCCGGCUCAUGGACCGACUGGACGACUCAUUACGGUCAGCAGAACGUCAGCUCCAACAGGUCGAGGUUGUUCCCGACGCAGGAGGUUUUACGGGAAGGAUCGUCCGUCUUCUUCUGCUGCAUCCCUCCCGAUGGAGCUCGAGUUACUGCUCUCCGCUUCUCCAACACGCCGUACCCGCUCAUCAACAUCAGCCACCGUGUCAGAGCCAUCAGAGUGCUCGGACUCAACGUCACUAAGAUUGGCGUGAACCUCAUCUGCCGGGACGACUCGGGGAACAAGCGAGCGGUGUUAAACUACGUCACCUUUCCUCCCGAGAAGCCGAAGAACCUGAGCUGUGAGACGAGGAACCUGAAGAACAUCGUGUGUUCAUGGACACCGGGCAGAGAACCCAACCUGAGCAGUGUCCGAAGACGCCGAUACACACUCCACAUCCUGAACUCGGAUGGAGUGAUGUUCCCGUGUGAUAAGAGAUCUUCCUCCUGUGAGUUCCCUGUUCUUCCAGACCUGAUCUUCUACAACAUCUCUGUGGUGGUGAAGAACAGCCUGGGGGAGGAGAGAGAGAGCUACGCCUUCAAUAUCACACACAGAGUGUUUCCUGUGCUCGAGGACAUGGCGGUGAUUCCGGCUGCACUGGACGCUGAAGUUUAUUGGACAUUAGAUGGGAAUUUUACAGGCCUGCAGUUAACGUGUCAGAUCACCAUGGAGCCGAAAAACACAACCACAGAGCUGCAGUGUAUAGGUGAGGAGUGUAUGAGGAAUCUCAGUGUGUGUGUGCAGCAGUUGCAGCCGAGCUCUCAGUACUCCACCAGAGGGCGCUGUGCAGUGCAGCACAACAGCUGGAGUUCAUGGAGCACAACACACACCUUCAGCACUGAGCCGCUGGUGACGCUGGAUGUCUGGAGGAGGAUGGAGGAGGAGAACCAUCGCAGUGGCAGGAUCAGGGUUCUGUGGAGAACCUUGAGCAGCAGCUCACACUCCACCAUCGAGGCGUAUGAAGUGUGUGUGCAGCAGCAGAACGAGAGCAGAGUGUGUGUAAAGGUCACAGAGACGCAGGCGGACGUUACAGUGGGGGACGGAGUGUGUGACGUGUCAGUGAGAGCGCUUACACACACAGGACUGUCCCUUCCCUCUUCUAUUACACUUCCUGUACUGAACACAGACCCCACCCUAAAGCAGAAGAGGAUUGUGGGUAAUGCAGAUGGUUUCCUGUUGAUCUGGUCUGAACUCUCCUCAGCUACAUGUGGCUACACCCUGGAGUGGUGCAUGAUGGGUCAUUUGGGACCAUGUGACCUGCAGUGGAGGAAACUCUCAGCCAAUCAGACGUCGUUAUUUCUCAGCGCAAAUGAGUUGAGAGCGGGUUGUAGAUACACAUUUAAUAUCUACAGCUGUCACUCAAGUGGAUAUCAGACUCACGAGAGACACAUCGGAUAUCUGAAAGAACAGAAACCCCUGCAGGCUCCCGAUGUGCAUCUUUCUCCGAGUGUAAGUUCUCACUCCAUCACACUCGAGUGGAGCUUCGACGAGGAAAAUCCCACUCACCCCGGAUUCAUCACAGGAUACACACUGACCGUACACACCGAGCCCGAUAACACACACGGUGUGUACAGUGUAGAUGAUCCUCACUGUAAGAGUGUGACAGUUGAAGGUCUGAGUGAGUCUCAGCGUUACACACUCCGUCUAGCUGCGUGUACGAAAGCUGGCUGUGGAACUGAAAGUGUGUUUACUGUUACAACACUGCCGAAAUAUUACAUGCUGGUGCUGAAGGUCGUGACCCCUCUCCUCCUCCUGAUUGGCUGUUGCUGUUGCCUGUGGUCUUACAGAAACACUGUGAGAGGAAUCGUUGUAGAUGUGUUUAUUUUCCCCAAACAUCACAACAUGAAGAUGAUGGAGCUGGAUGAUGAUGUGUAUAAGGUGAGUAAGGAGAUCGGUGCUCUGGCCCUGGAGGAGUGUGAGAGCUGCGAUGUGGAGAUCAUGGAACAGGAAGCUCCCAUGCGCUCGUUCUUUGAUCCCGACUCAGACAACGAGGAGUUAAUGACGGCGACCAACCUGACGUACCUGCUGUGCUCCAACACACCUGAACACGCAAAGCAUUGUGGGUCGAGCAGCAGCGUCUACAUAAUCUCUACAUCAACACACUGAGAACCAUAAACCAUUAACACACCAAUAAAAUCAAACAGAAUCAGAAUCAACGGAUCAGAAAACAUCUGAUCUCGCUCACACCAAACACACCGAAUAUAAACCUCUUCAACAACAACGAGGAGCAUGCAGAGGAACCUGCAGAGGAACCUGUAGAGGAACCUGCAGAGGAACCUGUAGAGGAACCUGCAGAGGAACCUAUAGACGAACCUGUAGAGGAACCUA